GAUUCAGGCCGCCGCGGGCAAGGGCCGCAAGAACUCCCGGGCCGCCGAGGAGGAGCCCCACCGGGGUGCGACCAAGAGCUCGGGCUGCAGCACCUACAUCAACAGGCUCAUCAAGGUGGACGCUCAGGAAAAGAACGGGAAGAGCAACUACCCCGGCAGCAGCAGCAGCAGCGGCGGCGGCAGCAGCAGCAGCAGCAGCAGCUCUUCCUCCGCGUCCUCUUCCCCUUCCUCCCUGGGCCCCGAGCUGGACAAGGGCAAGAUUAUUAAGCAGCAAGACACGGUCAUCAUUUUAGAAGACUAUGCUGACCCUUAUGAUGCCAAACGGACAAAAGGUCAAAGGGAUGCAGAGAGAGUCGGAGAGAAUGACGGGUAUAUGGAGCCCUAUGAUGCACAGCAGAUGAUAACAGAAAUCAGACGCCGUGGUUCCAAAGACCCCCUGGUGAAGGCUCUUCAGCUGCUGGAUGGACCCUGCGAGCCAGGGGAGAGUGGCCUGAAGGCGGAGACAAGGCGUAGUUCCAAAGACCUCCUGGGGAAGCCGCCCCAGCUGUACGAUACUCCCUAUGAGCCCACCACAGAAGGGGGUCCCUGGGCAGAGGGCAAGGCACGGCCCCCAGACGGUCGGCUGCCUGAGAACGACGAGCGACCAGCUGCUGAGUACGAGCAGCCCUGGGAGUGGAAGAAGGAGCAGAUAGUGCGGGCUCUGUCAGUCCAGUUUGAGGGAUCUGAGCGACCGUCUGUCAGGGAGGAGACAGUGAGGCAGCACCACCGGCAGAAGAGCUGGACCCAGAAGAUCCUGAAGCCAGCCACCUCUGACCACAGCGAGGGGGAGAAAGUGGACCCAGGCCUGCCCCUGGAGAAGCAGCCUUGGUAUCAUGGUGCCAUCACCCGGGCCGAGGCCGAGAGUCGACUACAACUCUGCAAAGAGGCUGGUUACCUGGUUCGAAAUAGCGAGUCAGGGAACAGCAAGUACUCCAUUGCACUAAAGACUAGUCAGGGAUGUGUCCACAUCAUAGUGGCUCAGACCAAAGACAACAAAUACACACUGAAUCAGACGAGCGCUGUGUUUGACAGCAUCCCCGAAGUGGUACACUAUUAUUCCAAUGAAAAGUUGCCUUUCAAAGGGGCAGAACACAUGACCUUACUCUACCCCGUGCACAACAAGCUUCACUAAGGUUCAGUCACCGAAGCCCUGGGCCUCU